UGACAGUCACGACCCCUGUCCUGAUUGUGAAAUCUGCAAGUGCAACGUUGCGAACUCCGUCAUCUCCGUACCGUCUACAUGAACUAAAUUUAUGGCUGGAUAAAUCAUUUCAAAUCCAAACCCAGCGUCGUUGUCUUCAUCUGUUGGUGGUUCAGGCAGGCAAGAAGUCGAUUCUCCCUAUUGCUCCUGGGCAAAGAUUCCUGGCCAGUACGACUCUCCAAGACAAGGCAAGGAUUGCCUGAAGCUCGACCUGGUAUCCGUCCACACCAACCUGCUUCCACCAUGCUGGCCUUUCUCAUUGCAACGGCUAUCAUUGCCUCAGCCGUGUACUCCCUCAUGAAGAUGCUUCUUGUCAUGCACAAGAUUGAAAAGUUUGCUGGGCCAACGAGAAGAUGGCUAGUUAACCUUCACCAGUUUGGACCAGGCAGGGUUGACUCUGUACUAGCUCUCACUCGUCAGUUCCAAGGCAAGAUCUUCAGAGUUUACGUGGCUCCAUGGUCGCCAUGGCUUAUAGCCAGCGACCCCGCUCACCAGAAGCAGAUCCUCAAAGGAACAGAACCGAAACUGGAGGAUGCUUACUACACGAUGGGUCCUUGGCUUGGUGAGGGGUUGCUACUUGCAUCUGGAAAGAAGUGGGUUCGCAACCGUCGCUUGCUUACGCCAGCGUUCCACUUUGAGAUCCUGAAGCCGUAUCUGGGGAUUGCUAAUUCAACCUCCGAUGUGCUGGUGGACGUCAUGUCUCAGCAUGCUGGUGAGGACGGCUACUUCAACAUCAUGCCCUACAUCAGCCGUGCCACCCUUGAUGUGCUGCUGCAAUGCUCAAUGUCUGCUCAAACCAACUGUCAGACUGAUGCCACUGAUCAUCCGUACGUUGAAGCUGUGGAAGAAGUGUCCGUUCUGACCAUGGAUCGCACUAUGAACGCCCUUUAUCGGUAUGCUUUCAUCUACGAUAUGACACCGAGUGGAAGGAAGUUUGCUAAGGCAUUGAAGAUCAUGCAUGGCAUGUCGUCCAAGAUCAUUGCAGAGCGCCGUAACGUGCUCAGCACUGGCUCCGACCAGGCACGCAAGAGCAAGUACCUUGACUUCCUGGACAUCCUCCUGACAGCCAAGGAUGAAGGCGGCAAUGGCAUGUCUGACAAAGAGAUUCGAGAUGAAGUCGACACAUUCAUGUUUGAAGGUCAUGAUACAACAGCUCAUGGCAUUGGCUGGACACUGCACUGCCUUGGUCUGAACCCAGACCAUCAGCAGAAGUGUCGCGAUGAGAUUGAUGAGCUACUCAGCGGCGGCAAUCAGGAGUUGGAAUGGGAUGAUAUGGGCAAGCUGCGUUACACUCACCAAUGUAUCCGUGAGGCGAUGCGUAUCUUCCCACCUGUGCCUGUCACUGGCCGUGUACUCACCGCCGACACGGAGAUCGAAGGCAAAGUGGCUCCAGCCGGUACUGGUGUCAUUAUGAACAUUGUUGGCCUUCAUCGCAACCCAGACGUGUGGGACAACCCAAUGGAGUUCCGACCGAGUCGCUUCACCGACGACGAGAUGAAGAAGAGAGAUCCAUUUGCGUAUGUUCCGUUCAGUGCAGGUCCAAGGAAUUGCAUUGGACAAAUUUUCGCAUCUCACGAGAUGAAAAUCACUGUCGCCAAGAUCCUGAGAGAGUACUACAUUGAGACUGAUCCCGAUCAUGAGUUGAAGCUGCGCUUCGCCCUGGUGUUGCGUCCUAUGACCGGACUCAUGGUACGGCUUCGCAAGCGAACCGAGAUAUGAACCACCCAUCCGGAAAGAAGAUAAACCCAGUCUAGUAUAAGAACAGCGCAGGCACGUACGCCACCAAUGUCCAGGUCCAGUGCUCUGUCAAAUGGUAGCAACUUAUUUUUGCUCAAUUCUCCAUAUUUUUGAGAAACACUCCCCUGCCCCCCAUUACCUUUCGUGCCAACUCUUCUACUCAAUAUUCCUGGCGCUAUUUUAGCAUAUUUUCGAGAAAUCCACUCCCCUCCCCCAUUGCCUUUUGUGUCAAUAUCCUACCUCUUCUCAGUACUGAAUAUUCCUUGUGCUGUUGGUAAUCAUUCGGUGACUGGCUUUACAACCCUGUAUUUUAUUAGUUUUAUUCCUAGUUUUUAGCUUUUGGAACUGGUUGCCGGGACUGAGCUGGUCCUAUAACUUGUGGUGUAUCUUUAUCGUAGAAUUUUUGAAAGGUAAACUAUUUUUCACUGUUGACUAACACAAUACCUCGUACAGUAGUAAACAUGUAUGUACUAGUUUUAGGUAGGAUGAUGUUCUCCACAUUUACUACUUAGUUAGCUUCUGAGUUUGAUUUGGCAAUAGCUACCUUUAUUUCCAAAUGAUUUUUUAGAAGUGAA